AUUACACAGGUGAGCUCAUCGAACUGUGCUAACAAGAGGAAGGGCACAGUGAAGGUGAGGCCGAGCCUUAUCGCGAAUACCGAAAGUAACAGUAUUACGAGGGAUUCUUCUUUUUGUCGUUGUAUUCGCCGUAAUGCCGACCGCAUUUUAGCCGUUUGGACGAAAUGACGGCCACGAAAGACAUGGAGGAUUUUUUCAAAACGGUGGGGGAGGUGAGAGGCCUCAUUGAAAAAAUCUCCUGUCAAGCAGAGGAUGUGGAGAGAAGACAAGCUGCCAUCCUCGCGUUUCCGAGUCAAGACAAGAGAAACAAAGAUGAGCUGGAGUUGCUGAGCAAUGAGACCAAGAAGAAUGCUAAGUUAAUCAAAGCAAGGCUAAAAUCAAUGCAGAAGCCUGGAGAUGAGACCGGAGCUACAGUAGCCCAACGUAUUAGGAAUAACCAGCACUCGUACUUGACUCGGUGGUUUGCUGAAGUCAUGAAGGGUUACCAUGAGGCACAAAUUUCCUUCAGAGAAAAAUGCAAGGCAAAAAUUCAGAGACAGCUGGAGAUUGUGAAUAAAAGCACUACAGAUAAAGAGAUGGAGGAGAUGUUGGAACGUAACAAUCUUGCCAUCUUCAUAUCUGAUAUCACCUCUGACAGUCAGAUUUCCAGCCAGGCUCUGACUGAGAUUGAACUUCGCCAUCAGGAAAUCCUCUGCCUCGAGUCCAGCAUUAAAGAGCUGCACGAGAUAUUUGUUGACACUGCCAUGCUGCUGGAACUCCAGGGCGAGUUAAUCAACAACAUAGAAAGAAAUGUCACAACUGCUGCAGAGUAUGUAGACAGAUCAAAAGAAGAAACAAGCAGAGCAGUUGACUACAAGAAGAAUCCUUAUAAAAUAACAUUUCGGCCGAACUUCUUGAAGUCCCUCAAGAAAAAUAGUGCCCCUGAUCCUGUGUGAACAGUGACUACACCAAAUGUCCCGAUGUGCAUCGAAGUCAGUUUUAUCUGAUUUAUGUUGCCUGUGUGCCCCUCAGGCUCCUUUCUAAAGGAUUUUGAUGACGCUGUUGUUUUAAUGAAAAGAAUUCAUUUGAUAAUAGUAAAACGAUUCUGUGGACAAGGCAGCAGCUUCGUAACACCACCUUCAGUCAGUGUAUUUAGAUUCCCAGUCCUCAGAGUUUAGGUUUUAGAAAUGCCAAAACAGCCCCUUUUAUGUUUUCCUUCAGUCUCUUAUUUAGCCAGUAGGUGUCAUGACAACACUACAGUGUUCCUUCUCUAUUUGCUGCCCUUUAAAACUAUGGUGCUGCAUAUUGUGUUGUUUUGUUUUUUUAAUGUUUGUUUUUUAAUGGUUUAAUAUAACACUGUGUUAAACUGAGAAAAAAUGUCUGUAAACUGACCACGCCGAUCUCAAAAUAAACCUGCGAGGAAUGGUGCGGUACUUAAUUCAUGGGUCUUUUAUUAUGAUAGCACAAAUUAAAGAGGGGAAGGGAUUGCUUUGAUGAUUGAAGGCAGAACACAGGCAAAAUCAUAUUUAUAAUGUAAGUGGAGGUCAACUUUAAGUUGAUUUGGUUCAGCUAAAAAGCUAUAUGUUGUUUUUAGUGCUCACAGUGGCGAGCCAUAUGGGCAAUAGUAGCAGAAACAUUCAUUCAGAAACAUUUGGAUGACUGAUUAGAAGGUUAGGAUUUCAAGCUUUCCUGUACCGCAAUGUUAAGCACUCGGCCCUCUCCUCUUUAGCAGCAGCCCGUGCUCUGACCUCAGCUUGCUAACAAGAUGAGAAUGUGCGACAAUCAAAAAGAAUGUUACUGUGGUG